CUCUUUCAAAUUUUUUUAUUUUUUAUUUUAUUUUACUAUAUAUAUAUAUAUAUCAUGGCUAAGAAGGGAACAAGACAGACAAACAACACAACAAGCAAAAGAAGAAGCUCGGUGACACCUCAUGAUACUGUUCAUCCCAAGAAACAAGUGAUUCGGUCCUGGAAAGACCUUCAACAAGACACAAUAGAUGAUAUCCACAAGACAGUACGCCAAUUACCUCUCGACAAUGUCCUGCCCCUUUUAAAAGAGCUAUUGGAUGCCUUUGAUAAAGAUGCUACAGCAAGAGACACAACAGAAUGGCUUAAAAUUGUCUUGUUGACCCACACAGCUUAUUUCAUGUCUUUACCUGAUAUUGUGCAGCGAUUAUCAAAUGUAUAUAAAGAGCUUGAGGAUCGUUUGACAGUUUAUCCUAAAUUAUUGGCUAUGCAUGGCCGUCUGGAUCUUGUGCAGAAUCAAGUAGAUGCUCGUCAUCGUAAAGAGAAUGAAUCUGAAGAUGAAUCUGAAACUGAAGAAGAUGAAGAUGAUGAAUUACAACAUUAUAGUGAAAGUGAAGUAGAAGAGGAUGAUGACAUAGACGGAGAAGAUGAGGAUGAUGAAGAUGAUGAGGAUAAUUUAAUGGAUAUGGAUGGAACAGAGAAUGCUAUGUUUAAUGAAGAAGAUGAGGAAGAGGAUUUGACAGAAGAUGAAGAUGAUUCAAGUGAUAAUAGUGACUUGGAAUAAAUAAAUGAAAUACUUUCAUAGCUUGUCAUCCCAUUGUGGUGUGUAUAGACAAAGGAACAAUGAUUAUCCGUGAGAUUAAAACGCAGGUGCUUUUUAAGCGCAUUUUGUUUUUGUUUUUUUUUU